CACAGACCCACCCCCAAACGAACCCAGUCACGUAUAUAGAUCAUAUUAUGUGUCACCACUCCCACACAGAGCACUGAAACCAAAAACUCCCCAAACCAGAAAAUGGCUCCCUCGUCUUCUUCCCCUUCCUCCAAAUCCCCACCUCCCCCUACCACAACCUACUUCACCCCUAUUCAAGAAGAAGAUGGAAAUGAGAGUACUAGCACCACCACCCCAAACAAAGCUACUCCAAAGCACACGUCCACACCUCUCCACUACAAGCACGGCAAGCGUCACAGUAAGAAGCGCUCGGAGAUUUCCGCCGGGUCGUCGUCGGCUACUCGGGAAGAGGAAGAAAUAGACGACAUGUCGGUGAACUGCAACAAGUGUCGACCAAACGGUCGGGAGAGGAUCUCGGUGGUGCCCUUGGACACCAACAGCGGCUUCAACCGCAAAAACGGCUCGUCGUCGUCCGUCCCCAUGGCCAGCCCCAACGGCAUUCUCAAGUCGAUUCUCUCGUCGUUCACUAGAAAGAGCAGCCCGAAACUACCGAUGGACCCUUACGCCGCGGCGAGGGAGGAGAAGUGGAAAAUCGCGGUGGCGGAGCUGUCACAGAAGCUGAUUCAGACGACGAGGAAGAGAGACGAGGCGGUUCUAGAAGCUUCGCGGCUGAAGUACUCGAUGGCCGAGCUGGAGAAGAAGCUGAACAAGCUUGAAGUCUACUGCCAUGGGUUGAAGUCCGGGCUUGAAGAGUGCAGCACCGGAAAUUCGCCGUACAAUUCGGGAUCGAAGACAGCGCAUCAUAAACGACAGAGCUUCAACGGGUUCAACGACAGCAACAAAGCCGUCGUAGAGCAUUUUCUGGUGGCCGUCUCCGAAGCAAGGACCGCGGUCCGGCUCCUGAGCCGGUCGCUGACUAUGCAGCUCCGCCACAUGGCCGGGACCAAAGUAUACGACAAGAUCACGGUUCUUCUUCAUCCCUACGACAUUAAGCUCUCCUUAUCCAAGAACCCAAGAAGCUUGCUGUUCUACUUGGAAGCUCUGCUGAACAAGACGUUCUUCGACGAGUUCGAGUCGCCGGGGUUUUGUAAGAACUCGGGGAACCACAUCUUGAACCCGGUCGAGAAAUGCGAGGCGAACUACGCGUCGUUUAAUAUGCUCGGGGGGCUGACGUGGUACGAGGUGCUGAUCAAGGGGACCAGGCAUUUCAGCGAGGAGUUCAGUAGGUUCUGCGAUAGGAAAAUGAGCGACAUUGUGGCGAUGCUGGGCUGGAACCGGGCCUGGCCCGAACCGCUUUUGCAGGCCUUCUUUGGAGCCGCCAAGAGUGUGUGGCUGGUUCAUCUAUUGGCCACGUCGGUCCACCCGAGCUUGCCGGUUUUCCGGGUCGAAAGCGGAGUCGGGUUUGACUCAGUGUAUAUGGAGGAUAUGGGCGGAGACAAGGCAAGGAAGUUGGUGCCUUCGGUGGUUAGGAUCAUGGUGGCGCCGGGGUUCUAUGUUUAUGGGAGCGUGGUCAAGUGCAAGGUGCUAUGCAGGUACAAUAGUAAUAUUAAUGGUCUGACCCCAUCGUCACCUUAAAUCUGAGACCUUUUUUCUACUAGCUUAUCACACUUAAUUUGGUGCCCUUUUGAUCUUGUUAUUUGGUAAUAUGAUGUUAUUAUGUAUGCACCCUCUAGUAUAAUGGUCAUUUGAUGAUCAAAACAAGUGGCAUUUUUUUGUUUAUGAUGAGAUUGUUGCAUGUACCAUUUUCC